UCUCAACUCUCAAGUCAUUUUAGUCAACUUCUGUUACAAAUAUGAAGUACUUCUCUAUGCUCUCAUGUUUCAUAUUCUUCUACAUUUUCACCUUUUCUUCAAUAAUAGUUCAAGCUAAUGUGCCAAUAUCAAAGACAUUCAAGCUUCUCAAUCGCGGACCGAUUUCUUCAAGCAAUGCUGUUGAAUUGGGUGCACAAUACCGUGCACUAAACAUACCUAACCACAACAGUAACAACCCUUUUAGUGUUUGUUUCUACACUGUUCCUCCUUCUAACACAUUUAUGCUUGGUGUUGGUGUUGGUAAACCUCAAUUCAACACCGUUUUCCGAUGGGUUUGGAAAGCUAACCUAACAAGACAUGUCCGGGAAAACGCUACACUAGUCUUCGGCGUCAACGGAAAUCUUGUCUUAGCUGAUUCCGAUGGUCGUGUAGCUUGGCAAACUGGAACUGCCAAUAAAGGUGUUGCAGACAUCAAACUUCUCUCAAACGGAAACUUAGUCUUGCUUGAUAAAAAUGGUGCGUUUGUUUGGCAAAGUUUUCAUUACCCCACCGACACUCUCUUAGUUGGUCAGAGUCUUUCGCGAGGUAUAGGUUCACGCAACAAACUAGUAAACGGAGCUUAUAGCAUGGUACUGGAAGAACACCUCAUAAAGUUAUACUACAAAAGUCCCCUUUCAAGAAAACCAGUGGCCUAUUAUGGUGUAACCCCUGGUUACAUGGGGAACUUACAGAAUGUAACCUUCAAAGCUACCCAUUGGUCCGAUGGUUCUAACCAUUUAGUGUUCCAGUAUGAACCCAAUAGUGGACAAUCUGGCUGGGCAGAACCUAAAUACAAUGCCAUCUUAUCACUAUUUCGACUUGGUUCGGAUGGUAAUUUGCGGAUCUUUAGCUAUGAUAAGACCCGCCAACUCGCUGCAUGGGACACAACGUUUACAAGAUUUUCUAACGAGUGGAAAUACGCGAGCGAAUGUAUGUUGCCUGAGAAAUGUGGCUCAUUUGGGAUAUGUGAGAACAAUAAAUGUGUUUAUUGUCCAACACCUACUGGAUUGAAGAGCUGGACCGAAGAUUGUAAGCCAUCAAAACUUCCUUCUUGCCCAACUAAUAAGUUUGCAGCCAAUACUAAUGUGAGUUACUACAAAUUGGAGGGAGUGGAUCAUUUCAUGGCGAAUUCAGAAAUAAACAAAGGCGAUGGACCUAUGAAGAUGGAAGUAUGCAAGAAGAAAUGUAGCGACGAUUGUGAGUGUAUGGCUUUCUUCUAUAGAAGGGAUUCUUCGAGGUGCUUGCUUACUGCUCAGCUUAAUACCCUGAAAAAGGUUAUAGAUUCUUCUAGUUCUCUUAGUGCAGAUCAUAUUGCUUUCAUUAAGUAUGCCAAGUAGUAGAUAAUUUUUUUUUAUGAUCAGCAACUUGCUCCGAAUGUAUGAUUGGAAUCCCUUAAAUUUUUCUUCUGUGCAUAACGGCAAAAAAACCUUCGGGAACCA